GGGAAAGUUAACAUAGUCCAGUUUUAGUCUGAGGAGAAUUUGCUGAUUUUUUCCUUUUUUUUGGGUGGCGUGGACAACACAAUGCGGAUUGUACAAGUUUCUGUGUUUGUCUUUGUGUACCUGGGGUUGAGUUUGGCGGAAUUGCGAUCGCUGGAUGAUUACAUUAAACAUUACGAGGAAUUAAGUUAUGACACACAUGAUCUACAUAAUAAACAUCUGAGGUCAAAAAGGUCAACGCAGAACAAGAAGAUACAGCUGAAAUUUAAAGCUCACAACAGAGAUUUCCAUUUAGAUUUGAAGCCAUCAACCUCUGUAUUUACGGAAAACUUUAGAUCCACCCACAACAAUGGAACGGAGGACCCUGUGGAUCUGUAUAUAAUAUACGAGGGGUCAGUGAGAGGUGAGCCAGGUAGCCAUGUCCAUGGCGCGGUCAUUCUGGGAAUUUUUAGGGGGACAAUCCGUGUCCCCGGAGACACCUUGUACCACAUAGAGCCAGCGUACAGAUUCUACGGCCUCAGCGAAGCACAGAAAUUACCGUACCAUUCUGUUAUUUAUAAGGAUGAACAUCUCAAUAUAGACCCAUAUAGACACAAGCGUGAGGCAGAUUCCGAGGCAGCGCAGUGUGCUUUUGAUAAAUAUAGAAACUGGAUGGUCCGUCAAACGGAGGCGGAGGUCAAUAUACGACAGAAAAGAUCAUAUUUUAGUUAUAAGGACUCGGUCAGACACAAUAAAUACUCAGCGGAGAGUAACACCUACAAUAAUCGCCAGCGUCGAGCGACGGCCAGCUGUAGUAUCGGGUCCCAGAACACCUGUAUUCUCUACAUGAGGUCCGAUCCCAUACUGUUCAACAAGUUCAAGUCUGACUUAAAUGGGAAUGAGAUCGCAGCCCGAGAUGAAAUUCUCUCCUUCUUUGCCAGCCAUGUUGCUGCUAUUAACGAUAUUUACGGCCAGACCAAAUUCUCGCCCCUCAAUGGACAGUCGCCGUGUUUUCAGGGCGUCCAGUUCCAAAUUCAGAGAACCACAAUUAUGACGGACGAGACAGAGAAGUGUGGGAAUGUUUUGGAGAAGACGGCGUUCUGUCAACCCAACAUUGACGUCAGUAACUUCCUGAACCUGAAUUCGCUGACCAAUCACGACUCAUUCUGUCUGGCGUAUAUCUUCACGUAUCGUGACUUCUCCCACGGUACCCUAGGUCUGGCCUGGGUGGGAUCAUCUUCAGCAUCAGCAGGGGGGAUAUGUGAGAAAUACAAAUCCUACACGGAGGGGAACCAGCAAAUCAGGAAAAGUCUAAACACGGGAAUCGUCACCAUCAUCAACUACAACAAACGCGUGGCUCCGCGGGUCUCACAGCUCACGUUCGCUCACGAAGUGGGGCAUAACUUUGGAUCUCCGCAUGAUGAUGGUCAGUACUGCGCCCCCUAUGGUACGUCCCAGCCGUCAUCCAGUCAGGGGAAUUACAUCAUGUUCGCCAGCGCCACCCAGGGAAAUCUGGGGAACAAUGAUGACUUCUCCCCGUGUAGCCGUGACAACAUCACAUAUGUCCUUGAUGCGGUCAUCAACCAGCGGAGUGGCAAGGUCAACUGCCUAACACAGUCCAACAUGGCGUUCUGUGGUAAUGGUAUCGUAGAGGAGGGCGAGGAGUGUGACUGUGGUUAUGAUACGGACUGUACUGAUAAAUGUUGUAAUCCACGGAGGACGGGGACCUCUAACACUGACGCCUGUACACUCAAAACCAACCAAGCUGGUCAGAAAUAUGUAUGCAGUCCAUCCCAGGGUCCCUGCUGUAAUUCUGAGUGUGCUUAUGUAGCGCAGAAUUCCCUGGAGUGUCGAGCCAAGACAGACUGUAUGAGGGCCCAACAAUGCGAUGGGACUAAAGCAACAUGCCCUGAUUCGGUGAGGGAACCAGAACUCACUCUGUGUAACGACAACUCUCAAGUGUGUGUUCAGGGGUUCUGUUCUGGGUCCCUGUGUUUGAGAAUUAACAGUACUACAGGUCGACAGAGAGAAUGGGAGGAAUGUUUUAUUACAAAGGAGGGGGACCUGACGGUACAACAGAAGGAGGAACUCUGUUACCUAGCCUGUAGAAAGUCCAAUAGCACAACAUGUUUUGCAUCCAAUCAGAAUUUAGAUCAGGCUCCAGAAUUUAAGGCGCUGUUGGAUGAAGUCAACAGAAAUAAAGGAUCGUCUGGGGGCGUGAAGCUACCAGCAGGUUCACCGUGUAAUAAUUACCAGGGUUACUGUGACGUAUUUUCACGUUGUCGAGGAGUUGACAAUGAGGGACCACUACAAAGACUUAAAAAUCUAAUAUUUAGUGAAGAAACGCUCACCAACAUCAAAAACUGGAUAAUUGAAUACUGGUGGGCUGUGAUGCUGAUGGCCAUUGGUCUGAUUUUAUUUAUGGGUCUAUUUAUAAAAUUCUGUGCCAUCCAUACGCCGAGCUCUAAUCCUAACGCCAAACCAGCUGUAAAACUGACAGACACGCUCCGGCGCAGACGGCGACAACCCGACCAACAAUACAGAGCUCAGAAUCCAGAAGCUCAAGGAUAUUUAUUAAGUGGCCCUUCGGGACCCCCUCCACCAUACUCAGCUCACGGGGGCCCCCCACAGGGGCAUCGGAAAGGGGGCGGGGCCAAAGGCGGGAGAUACAAUAACUUAGAAAUGAGGAAGGUUUGAACAAAGUGUGGAUUUAAGUUUUAUUUAGUCAUGUUAUUUUAUUUUAUACAUAGUUUACGUAUCAUUUGAUUGAUGAUUCCAUUUUUUAAUGUAUUUACUCAAUGUACAUGUAUGUAUUUUCUAAUGAAAUUAAUUGAAUGGUUACUUCAUGUAUGAAUAUGUACUAUUGAAGUCUAUAAAAGUGACUGUACAUACGUAUUGUGAGUUGAAAUGAAAAUUCAAUGUAAAUUAGUUAUAAAUAAACUACUUACUUUUAAUAUUUGCCUUUAAAUGCUACAAAAGAAUAGAUAACUGCUGUAGUUGUAGAUCAGGAAUAUUGAAAGACUCGCUAAUUUAUGCUUACAAGGAAUUAGAGCAGCUCGAAAAUCAUGAUAAAAUUCAAGACGUGCUUAAAAAGCGUCUAUUUAAUUUUUUUUUUCUAUUGCAUUUGUUGACUUGCAUUGUUGAUCAAAUUUCUCUUUUUUGUAUGCUUACAGCUUAUAUAUAUAUAUUUAAUUAUCAGAAUUGAUGAUGUUCUUGUACCUUGUGAUGUUGUAAUACAUUAAGCUUUUGUUACCAUGUUUCAAACUUUGUUGACUUGGUGCAAGUAACUGAGUACUAUUUAUAGACAGUCUGAAUACUAUUUAUAGACUGAGUACUAUUUAUAGACAGUCUACUAUUUAUAGACAGUCUGAGUACUAUUUAUAAACUGUGUUUCUUUAUACAACAUAUCUCCUGAUUUGCAUUAUUAUAACAGUUUUUAAACUUUAAUGUAAGAUGGGUUUUUUUGGUUAUUUUUCCUUCUGUUUUGAUUUUUGUUUUUAUCUUUUAUGUGGUAAAAAUGGUUUCUGUAACAAUGUGAGUCAAUGUGAGUCACUGGUCAUAUUUCAUCAUAUAAAUUAAAUUUCCAUUACAUUAAAAUAGUUUUUACGCAAGUACCAUUGCUACCAUGAGAGUUACCGGUAGAAUAGUUUGGUUGUACAGAACAUGUCAAUUUUAGUAAUUUAUUUAAUUAUUCAUCAAAGAUACUGUAUAAUUAUGAUUUAAAAUUUGAAAGUAGAUUUAAAUUUAAAAAAAAGCUUCAACAAAAGUAGGGACAUUUAUAUAAAAUUUUGUUGAUUCCAUGUCCAAAACCUACUGCUUAUAUACAUCAGCGUGAUUCAUUUUCAUAAUAAGACACAAUUGUUUAUCAUGUUCUGUAAGUUAUUAAUGUCCUAACAAUGUCUAACCAAUGUUUGUAUUAUGAAUAUGCAGAGCAUUCGUUAUCCUUGGUAUUCAUUGUUUAUAUAACGGAUGUGUAAUUUAUACUUUAACAUGAAUGACUUUAAAACUUCAGUCCCCAGAAACCCUCACUACUUUAUAACUUUUGUUAUGUACUGUACAAAUCUAUGUGUAUCCCAGAAACACCCACUACUUCAUAACUUUUUGUAUUGUACUGUACAAAUGUAUGUGUAUUCUUUAAAAUGUGAUUUUGUUUGCUCUGGUGCAUCUGUCCUUAAAUUCAUGUAUUUUUACCCUCGCUGUUAUAAAUUGAGCAUUACUUUGCCACGUUUUUUAUUAAAGUUUAGAUUUAAAGUUCUAAGGUAAGUUCAAAUAGAACAUAAAUAAUCAACAAUUAUUUGCUAAUACGGUUUAUUUAAUUUUUCUUAAGGUUCAUAAACCCCCUGCUCAUUCAUAUAAAAUGUUGCUUCAAAAAAUAUAUCUUAUAAAUAAAAUAUAAACAAUUAUAGCAUAGCUUGCGGGGCAAAAAUUGGACAUAAAGACAGUUCAACUUUGCAAAUCUAUAAAGGAAUAAUAGACAUUUAUGUCAUUUAGAGUUAUCUCUCUUAUCAGAGUAUCAAUGUACCUUAAACUUUAACUUAAACUUUAAAUUGAGCCCCAGUCUGUAGGAAGCCGUAGCAAUGAUAAUAGUUUUGUCAAACUUAAAUCAUUCUCAGCCUGUUAUUUUACAAGUUGAAUCUCACUCAAAGUUUUUUUUUUUUAAACUUUUUUUUCUUUCGUUUGGGAUAGGGAUUUUGAAUGACGAUAUACUGCGAUUGUUUUUUUUUUUACAAUAUGUAUUUCAAUAUUUUCAAUGAAAUAAAAAUGCACACAUACAACACCUUUCAACCAUAAUGUUUUGCACAAUAUCAAACAUUUCUGACAAGUCAUGCAUUAUAUUAAAUUGUAGAAAUCAUGAGUCUAAGCAUUUUUUAAUUAAAAGACUUUUGUUAUCGUACAUGUACCACAACAAACUUGAAAAUGGAUUGUUUUUCAUGCAUACUAAAUUUUUGUCUUUUUUAUGAGUUUGGUGCUGAAUUUUAAUUGGUAUAAUAAGUGCAUAAAAUUUGAUCUUUUCUUUAAGUACAGAAAUAUAUCGUAGAUGGAGAUACUAGAAAAUUUUUACCAGAACCAUCUUAUAUGUAAACGAAACCUUGUCUGAUUCCAUACAGUCAGUUAAUAAUGACAGACUCUAUGUCAUACCUUAAUCUCUAGAAAUAUUGUCAGUCAAUGCUGAUUCGUGUUAUUUAUGCAUCAAUAAAUUUAUAUGUAUGAUA